AUGUACAUGGUAGCUCUGAGUUCGGAAGAAGAAGAAGAAACUGCUCGCCGAAAACGCGAACAGGAGGCCGCUGCUGCUCUACCCGCUCAAGAUGACGACGACGAUGAUGAAUGUCAUUCCAUCUCUGCCAGUCAUUGUGAUGUUCUAGGCGAUGUCAGCAAUUCUGGUGAUCCGCCAUCCUCUUGCUUGGGCGCAGAUGGCACUGAGAACAGCUGUCCGGGCAGUGCUAGUGGAAGCGGGGUAAAUGGAGAUGAUGCUUCUUCUGAGGCUGCCACUUCUAGUGGUGGUCCAGGGAGCAAUAAGAAACCAGCAGGGAAGAAAAAGUCCAAGAAGCGCAAGCUUAAACGUAAUACCUCUUUGAUCACUUCAAGCAGCUCUAGUGUGGGAAAGCGGAAGCGGGUUGGCCAAGCUGGCUGUGGACCUGGUGGCUGUCAAAGUGGGAUGGGUCAAUCAUCCAAUGAUAUGACUACUGAAUUUUCUCGUAAAGCCUAUGAAAUGAUGGAAAAACAUCGGGACAACUUCUUUGUAAUCCGUUUGUACGCACAUAGUCUCAUAAACACUCUACCUGAUAUCAAGGAUCCGGAUCCUUUGAUAAAUUGUGAACUGAUGGAAACGCGAGACAUGUUCCUAGAGAAAGCUAGAGAAAAGCAUCUUGAGUUUUCUAGUCUUCGUCGAGCAAAGUAUGCCACACUGGCCAUGCUCUACGAAUUGCACAAUGAUGGUCGACAAACAUUUGAAUACACUUGUAAUGUUUGCUCACAACCAAUUGACGUUCGUUGGCACUGUAAGACCUGUGAUGAAUACGAUCUUUGCAUGACUUGUUACGAGAGGGAGCAGCAUCCACAUCCAAUGGUAAAGGUUGUUCCUGGCCAAGUUGGUGGGGAUGUUUCCAGCGCCGCUCGCGAUGGAGAGGGUGACAUGCAAGAAUCAGGUCGGGAUAAAUGCGAGCGCUUGGUUAAGGCACUGGUUCAUUGCUGUUCAUGUCGUGAUGCAAAUUGUCGCGUAAAUCUCUGCUAUCGCAUGAAAGCUAUGACUCACCACUUCAAAACUCACCGCUCUACACAACAAUGUAGUCCAUGCCGCCAGAUAUGGAUGAUCUGCUGUUUUCACUCGAAGACAUGUCAAGAUGCCAAGUGUCGAGUUAUUUUCUGCCAUCUCUUGAAAGCGAAGAUCAAGCAGCAGCAACAGCAGCAACGCUUACAGCAAACACAAAUGCUUCGGCGCCGAAUGGCUACAAUGCAGCGCAGCAACAGUAAUCAGAGUACAUCUGCUACUCCUGGGGCUACAGGCUCUAGUACAGUUCCGGGUCAGACUACUCCUACAAAUUCAUGCAUGAACGUUUCACCAGUGUCUCUACAGGUGGGUCAUCAGACCUCGGCUUUUGCUUCUGGUCCCUCGUCAGCUGCAAAUACACCUCAGCCAUCUAGCUCCCAAACACCUCUGGGAUUGAACGUUGGCAUGCAGCAAUCUCCCUCUACACCAACUCCAAGCACAACACCUUCUUUUCUUUCUUCCAUCCAAUCGAGCCAGAGUCACAUGUCUUAUCAUCACCAAUCCAAUCAACCUGUUUCGUCCGUCGCCUCGUCCGCUUCCUCUCCUGCUUGCUCUGGUAUGAUAUCUAGCCCUUAUCAGGCUCAGCAACACUCUGGAAAACCACUAGUAUUUACUAAUGCAGUGGUUGGCUCGAACGCAGGUGUUCAACAUCAGCAUUCCCAGCAGCAUCAGUCGCUGCUUCUUCAAUCUAUUUCUCCACAACAUCAGCAACAGUCACAACAACUUCCAACUCAACAACAACAACAACAGCCUCAUUCGCUUCAUCAUAAUUCAAACUAUAUUGGGGGAGUUGGAAUCAGCGGGCCUAGUGGCGAUGCUGUAAACGGAUCUUGUGGUAUAGGAAAAUCUGUCAUUAGUCCCCUGCCUAAUGUGACUGGAGGGAUGCAUAUUCAAUCACUGCCCCAACAACAGCUGACUCAACAAGCAAUUAAUCAAAUGCAUUCGUUGCCUCCAAAUCUUCAGACUAACCAGCAGCAACAACAAGCCGUCCAGCAGCAACAGCAAGCCAUCCAGCAGCAACAGCAAGCCAUCCAGCAGCAACAUUACCUUCAACAACCUCCCUCAUCUCAGAGUGGGUAUGGGCAAUCUCAGGCACAUCUAAGAAUUCCUGCUCCUCAGGCAUACACGCCUGGGUUGACCCAACAGUCGUCUGGGCAAAUACAACGAGUCCCCAUGCUUUCGCAGGCGCAAACUCAUAAUGCCUCUAUUCAGCAACAGCAGCAGCAUCUGCAUCAACAA